UUUUCCCGCUUUGACCCACUCCUCUGGAAAUAGCGGAGUCUUUGCAGAAGAAUCCAGAGCGCAAGAAUUGUAGGCGUGAAACUUUCCCCUCAACUUUUUCCUCCCUCCCCCGGCCAAUAACAGGGCUGGCUCUAAUAUAUGGACUCCUCUGAUUUGCCUGAGCCUCCUGUCCGCGGAGUGACUGACAGCCUGGGGGAAAGACUUUUUUUGAGCGUUGCCCCGUUGGACUUGAAGGGGGCUCUACGUGACGACAGGAAAGAGGGGGCAACACUUCUGAUCGGAGGAGCAGCGGUGCAGGACAGUUCAGAAGAGCAGAGAGGAGAGGAGCAGUGCGGGAGAGACGGUGCCCAUCCGUCAACUAGCUGGAGGAACCCACACUAACAAACCCUUAUGGCUGCUUGAGAAAUAACGAUACACCCCCCCUCCCCCUUUUUUCUCUUUCUCUGGGACUUUUGGCUUUUAGUAUUGUCCUGACCAGAAGUUGUUGCAAGUCUAAUUAGUUUCUCCAAGUUGAAAAGUGAAUCCACUUGCUGUGGACCUCUCUGACUGGCGGUCAUGGAUACCCAUAUAAGAUGGAAAGUUAAACGGAGGAUAAGGGACGCCCAAAUCACUUUAGCAGUGAUUCUGCUUUUUGUCACAUCGCAAGCAAGUUCAGCGGAACCAGCAGACCUCUUGAAGAUUUUAGAUUUUCACAGUUUACCUGAGGGUGUUACAAGAACAACGGGUUUCUGCUCACAUAGAAGGUCAACACAAGGACCCGAUGUGGCUUACAGAGUAUCCAAACUCGCCCAACUCAGUGCCCCCACCAAACAGCUGUAUGGAGGUGAUACGUUCCCUGAGGACUUUUCCAUCUUGACCACAGUGAAGCCUCGGAAGGGCAACCACUCCUUCCUGUUGUCUGUGUACAACGAACAGGGCAUCCAGCAGCUCGGACUGGAAGUGGGUCGCUCUCCCAUGUUCCUGUACGAGGACCACACAGGCAAACCCAGCCCAGAGGACUACCCCCUCUUCAGAGGAGUCAAUCUAGCUGACGGAAAGUGGCAUCGAGUAGCCAUCAGUGUGCACAAGCAGACCAUCACCCUCAUUCUGGACUGUAAAAAGAAGACCACCCAGAAGUUGCUCCGAAGCCCCCACCCCAUCAUCGAUACCAAAGGAAUUAUAGUGUUUGGAACUAGAAUACUUGAUGAAGAAGUCUUUGAGGGAGACAUCCAGCAGCUAAUGAUUGUAGCAGACCAUCGUGCUGCCUAUGACUACUGUGAGCACUACAGCCCUGAUUGUGAAGUGCCAAUGCCGGAUCAGCCUCAGAACCAGGACCCCAACACAGACGAAUAUAACACAGAGGAGGACAGCUACUAUUAUGAAUACCCUUACUAUGAGGACUCGGAUGGCAAGCCUUAUGACGCAUCCCCUGAUGCUGAGGAAACAACCAGGAAAGAAAAGGUGACAGAUGGAGACAGUGUGGUGACCACAGUGGAGGAGGCGUUGAGGGGUAGUGGUACCGGCGGCAAAGUGUCCACCUCCAGCUCAUCCUCCUCUGGUGCAUCUUCCAGCUCAUCCAGCAGCUCUUCAGCGAGCUCUUCAGGUACUGCCACCGGUGGAGGGGAUGCCUACGGAGAGGACACCUCCCCUUACGACAGCUACGACACCUAUGGUAACUACGAGACCUACUACGACGAGUCUACAGCUGCACCUGAUGGUGACUCCUCUCGACGGGUCACCAUCACCAACGUUGGCACCGGGGGUAGGCUUGACAUGGGAGCAGUGGGGAAGAUUGACUUGGGUACGGGAACUGGAGUCGAAAGCAGGGUCGUCACCGGUGGAGAAGGAAGUUCAAUAACCAUCAUCGGCAAUAAAACAUCAGUUGGAAGUUCCUACGAUAACUACGAUGAUGGAUAUGAUUAUGGUGUGGACAGCACACAUUACACCGCUGGUGGAGGUGGCGGCGGCAGCAGCAGCAGCAGUACAGUUCAUAUUGGUGGUGGUGGAGGCGGCGGCAGCAGCAGUUCUACCAUUACCAUUGGGGGCGGAUCUGCUGGAGGUUCUGCAUCUGUCAGUGGUGGUGGUGGUAGUGGUUCUGCCUCUGCGGGAGGAUCUUCCUCCGCUGGAGGAGGAUCAGCAAGUGCUGGCGCCGGAGCCGGAGGGUCCAUUGCCACCGGAGCAGACCUGGGCGUGGAAGGCGAAGUGGACUACACUGAAGGGUUCAACGAGGAGCACAUCACAGACUAUGGCGAUUUAGACAUGUAUGGCUAUGACGAUUAUGAUGACAAAGGGGGCAAAGUGCUGCCUGCCGAGACCGAUGAGUACUAUGGACAGGUCGACGGAACUCGUGGCGAGAAGGGACAGAAGGGAGAGCCUGCUGUUAUUGAGCCUGGAAUGUUGGUGGAGGGUCCGCCUGGGCCUGAAGGGCCAACAGGUCUCCCUGGACCACCAGGUUCUUCUGGCCCACCAGGUGGCCCUGGAGAUACUGGAGAGAGGGGUCCUCCUGGUCGUCCUGGUCUUCCUGGUGCUGAUGGUCUGCCAGGACCCCCUGGAACUGUCCUGAUGCUGCCUUUCAGAUUCAGCGCCGGAGGUGACUCUGGACAAAAGGGACCUGCUGUAUCAGCACAGGAGGCCCAGAUGCAAGCCAUCAUGCAGCAGGCUAGGCUGGCCAUGCGCGGCCCUACAGGUCCAAUGGGUUUGACUGGCAGACCCGGCCCUCUGGGUCCUCCUGGUGUAGCUGGACUGAAGGGAGAGUCUGGAGAAGCUGGUCCUCAGGGACCACGUGGGCCUAUGGGAUCCACUGGACCCUCUGGAAAGCCUGGCAGAAGGGGUCGUUCUGGGUCUGAUGGUGCUAGGGGCAUGCCAGGACAGCCUGGACCCAAGGGAGACCGAGGGUUUGAUGGUCUUGCUGGACUUCCUGGUGAAAAAGGACACAGAGGUGAAUCUGGCCCUACUGGACCUCCUGGUGGCCCUGGAGAGGAUGGAGAGAGGGGAGAUGAUGGAGAGAUCGGACCCAGGGGACUUCCUGGUGAACCAGGGCCCCGUGGUUUGCUGGGACCAAAAGGACCUCAGGGACCUCCUGGACCCCCUGGCGUUACUGGAAUGGACGGCCACCCUGGACCCAAAGGAAACAUAGGACCUCAAGGUGAGCCAGGACCUCCUGGACAGCAAGGCAACCCAGGUGCCCAGGGACUCCCUGGGCCCCAAGGAGCCAUCGGACCUCCAGGAGAGAAGGGCCCUACUGGAAAGCCAGGUUUGCCAGGAAUGCCAGGAGCUGAUGGUCCACCGGGUCACCCUGGAAAGGAAGGGCCUUCUGGAGACAAAGGACACCAGGGCCCUGCUGGGCCUCAAGGACCCAUUGGUUAUCCUGGUCCCCGAGGCGUGAAGGGAGCCGAUGGGGUGCGCGGUCUUAAAGGAAACAAGGGUGAAAAGGGAGAAGACGGCUUCCCCGGCUUCAAGGGAGACAUGGGUAUCAAGGGUGACAGGGGUGAGCUUGGAUCAGCUGGACCCAGAGGAGAAGAUGGUCCUGAGGGGCCAAAGGGUCGUUCAGGUCUCCCAGGAGAUGCUGGUCCUCUUGGCCCAACUGGUGACAAGGGUAAACUUGGAGUUCCCGGGUUGCCAGGAUACCCAGGAAGACAAGGACCAAAGGGAUCUCAGGGUUUCCAAGGUUUCCCUGGUGCCAACGGAGAGAAAGGAACUCGGGGAACAGCAGGAAAGCCUGGCCCACGCGGACAAAGAGGACCAACAGGGCCUCGGGGAGAGAGAGGACCAAGAGGACCAACAGGAAAAGCUGGACCAAAAGGUAACUCAGGAAAUGAUGGCCCACCAGGACCUCCCGGUGAGAGGGGUCUGCCAGGACCUCAGGGACCAACAGGUUUCCCAGGACCAAAGGGCCCUCCUGGACCUGCAGGGAAAGAUGGACUGCCUGGACAUCCCGGACAGAGAGGAGAGACUGGAUUCCAAGGCAAGACUGGCCCUCCUGGUCCUCCAGGUGUGGUUGGACCUCAGGGACCAACAGGUGAGACUGGACCAAUGGGAGACCGGGGCCACCCUGGACCCCCAGGCCCACCUGGUGAACAGGGUCUACCUGGAGCUGCAGGAAAAGAAGGCGCUAAGGGUGACCCCGGCCCUGCUGGCCCAGCAGGUAAGGAUGGUCCUCCCGGGCCAAGAGGUUUCCCUGGAGAGAGAGGUCUGCCUGGCCCUGUGGGGGCUCAUGGUCUGAAAGGGAAUGAGGGUCCUCACGGCCCACCUGGCCCUGCUGGUUCUCCUGGUGAGCGUGGUCCAGCUGGCCCCGCCGGACCUACAGGUCUACCUGGACGUCCUGGCCCCCAGGGACCUCCAGGCCCUGCUGGAGAGAAAGGCGGACCGGGAGAGAAAGGACCUCAAGGCCCAGCUGGAAGAGACGGUAUUCAGGGACCUGUGGGUCUGCCAGGACCUGGUGGACCUCCUGGACCACCUGGAGAGGAUGGAGACAAGGGAGAGCUUGGAGAGCCAGGCCAGAAAGGAAGCAAAGGUGACAAAGGAGAACAUGGUCCACCUGGUCCUACUGGACCUCAAGGACCUGUUGGAGCACCCGGUCCUGCUGGAGCAGAUGGUGAGCCUGGACCCAGAGGUCAGCAGGGUCUGUUUGGCCAGAAGGGAGAUGAAGGAUCAAGAGGAUUCCCCGGACCUCCUGGCCCAGUUGGGCUGCAGGGCUUGCCUGGUCCACCUGGUGAAAAAGGUGAAACUGGAGACGUUGGUCAAAUGGGUCCACCUGGCCCACCUGGUCCCAGAGGCCCUUCAGGACCCCCAGGAGCCGAUGGCCCUCAGGGACCUCCUGGUGGUAUUGGAAACCCUGGUGCUGUUGGAGAAAAAGGAGAUGCUGGUGAAACAGGAGAGCCAGGUCUUCAGGGAGAACUUGGCCCACCAGGUCCAAGAGGAGAGCGAGGUGAGAAGGGAGAGAGUGGUCCCGCUGGUGCAGCUGGACCUCCCGGCCCCAAGGGUCCCCCCGGAGAUGAUGGUCCCAAAGGCAGCCCAGGUCCAAGUGGUUUCCCCGGAGAUCCUGGUCCACCUGGAGAGCCUGGUCCAGCUGGUUUAGAUGGUCCACCUGGUGACAAGGGAGAUGACGGAGAAGCUGGUCAGGCUGGUUCCCCUGGUCCCACUGGAGAGUCUGGUCCCUCUGGACCACCAGGAAAGAGAGGCCCCCCUGGAGCAGCAGGACCUGAAGGUAGACAAGGAGAGAAGGGAGCCAAGGGAGAGCCUGGAAUGGAAGGUCCCCAAGGAAAGACAGGUCCUGUUGGUCCUCAAGGAUCACCUGGCAAGCCCGGUUCUGAAGGCCUCAGGGGUAUCCCUGGCCCAGUUGGAGAGCAAGGUCUACCCGGUCCUCCAGGCCCAGAUGGACCUCCCGGACCUAUGGGUCCUCCAGGUUUACCCGGUUUGAAAGGAGACUCUGGUAUCAAAGGAGAAAAGGGCCAUCCGGGUCUUAUUGGUCUUAUUGGACCCCCAGGUGAACAGGGAGAAAAGGGUGACAGAGGUCUUCCUGGUCCUUCAGGAUCAUCUGGUCCCAAAGGAGACAAUGGUAUCGCCGGUCCAUCUGGUCCACUCGGUCCCAUCGGUCCUCCUGGAUUACCCGGUCCUCCUGGUCCCAAAGGAGCUAAAGGGUCAUCGGGUCAAACUGGACCAAAGGGAGAGACUGGUACACCUGGACCUCCUGGCCCUCCUGGUCCUCCUGGCGAUGUCAUCCACCCACUCCCCAUGCAGGCUUCCAUGAAAGGCAGAACGCGUAGGAACAUCGACGCCAGCCAGAUGGUGGACGACGAAGCCGUAGACGCCAACUACAAAGACUACGACGAUGGCAUGGAGGAAAUCUUUGGCUCACUCAACUCCCUUAAGCUGGAGAUCGAGCAGAUGAAGCACCCGCUGGGCACACAGGGCAACCCCGCUCGUACCUGCAAGGACCUGCAGCUGUGCCACCCUGAUUUCCCUGAUGGUGAGUACUGGAUUGAUCCAAACCAGGGCUGCUCUCGGGACUCCUUCAAGGUUUACUGCAACUUCACAGCAGGUGGAGAGAGCUGCAUCUUCCCAGAUAAGAAGUCUGAAGGGAGCAAAAUGGCAAAAUGGCCCAAAGACUCGCCAGGCACAUGGUAUAGUCACUACAAGAGAGGUUCCCUGCUCUCCUACGUGGAUGCAGAGGGUAACCCCAUCGGCGUGGUCCAGAUGACCUUCUUGCGUUUGCUGAGCGCUGCAGCCAGACAGAACAUGACAUACAACUGCUACCAGUCGGUGGCCUGGCACGACCUGGAUCGGGACAACUACGACAAGGCCAUCCGCUUCCUGGGCUCCAACGAUGAGGAGAUGUCUUACGAUAACAACCCCUACAUCCGCGCCGUCGUGGAUGGAUGUGCGUUGAAAAAGGGCUAUGAAAAGACAGUACUUGAGAUCAACACACCAAAGGUGGAGCAGGUGCCAUUUGUGGACAUCAUGUUCAACGACUUUGGUGGCUCCACGCAGAAGUUCGGAUUCGAAGUGGGCCCUGUCUGUUUCAUCGGCUAAGACUGUUUACUGAGCAAAUGGAGAAAAAAGCAUAUUUUUUGUUUUCUCAGAAAGAAAAAAACAAUUGAAAAAGAAUAGGACAAUUCUAUUUGUAAAAAAGUAACAUUUUCCAUAAAGCAACAAGUAUGAGCAAAAUGAAAUCAAGUUGAGAAUACAGUGAAAUUCUAUAGGAAUAGAGGAAAAUGAAAUAAGAGCAACCUUGAAACCUCAGUGUGCCUUCUCCAUCACAUGCAAGUUUUGAAACUGGAUGUCAGAUCCUGCCUCUUACACAACACACUCGCGCACACACGUACACGAUUCUAGCCCCAUGUCAUCACACAUGAUUUAGAUGGUUUAUGUCCCAAACAAUGAAGGCGACCCUGAGAGCUGCAGCCGUUCCAGACGGUCGCUGCGCUUGCCAUGGACUCCAUCUGAUUUGGCUCUUUUCUUUCUUUAGUUCUGAUCUCAUGUUUUCCCUCAUCUCUCUGGCUUUUUCCACUUGUCUUUUUGUUUGGUUUGUUUGCUCAUUCACUAUGGGAGCUUUGUUUGUGCAUAAUUGUCUCCCCAUUCUCUUGGAAUGGAUCUUAUAUAUAAAUAUAUAUAAAUAAUUUUUAUGUUUGUAAGUACAUUCUGUAUAUUUUUCCUGGUAAUGUUUAUUGCUUCUGGCUUCAAAACAUGCAUGUGACUUUACUAAUUGUGAGGUAGGAGACGAUGGAUACAGGGAUAACAUCUAAAUUGUAGAAAUAUUUUGGACGUGAGGAAAUUCGACUUGUAAAUUGAAAAACAAAACAAAAAAUCAGGAAGUCCUGUCUUGUUGCAGUUGUGGAGCACACCUUGUUGUAAUUUAAGAACAGAAUGGAAAUAAAAGACGAAAACAAGCUCUGUGAUAUUAUGUGACAGUUGAUUUGCAUAACGAACAAGGAAAAAAAAGAAAAAAAGAAAUACAUUCCUCCUCUUGUGCUCUCUGAACAGAUCGCCUUUUUUGGUGGCAAAAUUUCAUUAACUUAAUAAACAGCUUAUAUUUUUUGUUGCUCAAAUACUCAUCUGUCCGACUAUGCAUUGGGAGAUGAUGUCACAUUUUAAUGAAAACACAAAGAAAUCAAAACCUAGGUGCUAUUUUCUCUCUUCUGUGGUGCUAUGUAUUUUUCUAGUUUGUGUUGUUUGAAUGAAAGGAAAUUUGUGGUGAGAAUAUUCCAUCAACAUCUGCCCCUUGACUCUCUUGUCCACCACGUCUGACGCAGGUGGAUCUUUGCUGCAUCCAUUUUUUGUUUUUUGUUUUUUUUGUUUGUUUUUUUUAUGUUCAGCAGUGGUGUUUGCAUGCCAUUUCUCUACAUAUCCAUUUACCGAUCGGUGCAGCAUGUCAGCGUAUGUUAUCUUCUGCUUCAGCGGACCACGCAGAUAAGAGUCCCACACUUGUACCAAAAGUUGGAAUAACAAGAGGAAAGUUAAGGUGGUGCUGUUGGCUUUGCAUAUCAUUGCUCUAAGAUGCUGCAUUUUGGCUCUUGCUGUUGGAUCAUCACAUCAAACUGAUGGAAGUUGAGAAGCGGACAUGUUGUGAUUGGGCCAAAACGUCCAAAGGGAUAUUGGUCCAAAAAGGGCAAAAAAUUGUUUGGUGUAUGAAACCCUAAACCCUUCCACCAAAGGUGUUCACGUAUAUAUUUAGCUUUAAGUGCCAUGGUGGCUUAAAAUCUAUUUUUUUUUGUAUGGGAAACAACUUGAAAAGUACUUUUUUCUUGAUUUAAUCAGAGUAGAGGAAGGUCACCAAGGUAGACAGAUGAAAGAGUCUGCACAUGCAGCAUCAAAAAAAUUGCUUGUCAGUCUACUAUUUUUGCCCUUAUUUGUAAUUAUGCUCUUUGUUCAAACUAUGCACUCUCUAUGCUUAUGACCACUAGUAUCUACCACAGAAUUUUUACAGCCCUUCAUACGUAGGUUUGUUUUGUUUCCGUUUUUUUUGUUUUCUUUCUUCAAAUAUGUGACUUGAACCAUUUUCUGUUAAGAUAACUCAAUAUGCUUGUAGAUCUUUGGCUUUAUUUUUCAUUGUGAUGCAGUACACCCAAAUUUAAUACUUUGCUCUCAAUAAUAAUAAAAAAAAAGGACGAACAAAUUUUUGUAAAUUUCCAGAACCAGCAGUGGUGCUGCCUUUGUUUUUUUUUUUUUUUGGUUUUUUUUUUUUUUUGGUUUUGUUUUAUUUUAUUUUUUUUUUUUUGUAGAUUUUCCGUUUGUCUGUCUGUUUGUUUGUUUUCACAGUCUUGUCAAAAACCUGUGUAAGGAUAAGAGGAUAGAAGAUAUAUUGGUUUUUAUGUCAAUAAAUUCAAGUUUACUGUGGCCAUCCACUCUUGUAUGUCUUUUGAAGCAUUAAAACCUAUCUGUAUGCAUGAAA